UCCAGUUCAUCUGCGCCGCGGAUCUUUCACAGCGAACCGACCGACCGCUGAGGAGUGAAAGAGGGACGCGAGCUAACCGAACAACAUUGAUCGAUUUUGCUUUAUCGACUCAUUCAAGAAGCGACAGUUGUGUGUGGCAAAGUGUGAUGAUGGGAGUUAGGAGUGUGUGCUGUUUUUUACUCAUCUCUCUGCUAAAGUCUUCCUCUGCUCACAGCGACUUCUUCACUUCCAUUGGUCAUAUGACAGAUCUGUUGUUCACAGAAAAAGACCUGGUGACAUCAUUGAAAGACUACAUUAAAGCAGAGGAGAGCAAACUAGAGCAAGUUAAACAGUGGGCAGAGAAGCUUGAUGCUUUAACAGCCACAGCCGUCCAGGACCCAGAGGGCUUUUUGGGUCAUCCUGUCAAUGCCUUUAAACUCAUGAAGAGACUAAACACAGAAUGGGGUGAAGUGGAAGAUCUAGUGCUCAAGGACAUGUCUGAUGGCUUUAUCUCAAACCUGACCAUUCAGCGCCAGUACUUCCCCAAUGAUGAAGACCAGAACGGUGCAGCGAAAGCCCUCCUCCGACUGCAGGACACAUAUAAACUGGACACACAGACCAUCUCUUCUGGAGACCUGCCUGGUGUUAAUACAGGUCUGCCAUAUAAAAGCACCCUGACGGUAGAGGACUGUUUUGAACUAGGAAAAAUUGCCUACUCUGACGCAGACUACUAUCACACGGAGCUGUGGAUGGCCCAGGCGCUCAAGCAGCUGGAUGAAGGAGAAGAAUCCAGCGUUGAGAUUGCCACCGCUCUGGAUUACCUCAGUUACUCUGUCUACCAACAGGGGGAGCUGGAGAGAGCUCUGGAAUAUACUAAGAGACUGCUUACUGUGGAGCCGGAGCACCAGCGAGCUCUUGGGAACCUCAAAUAUUUUGACUACCAGCUGGCCAAACAGAAGAAGGCAGAGAAGGAGCAGAGCACCAAGGAAGAGAGCAAGAAGGAGCAAGAAACGUCAGAUGGGAAGAAGGAAUAUCUCCCGGAGAAGAGGAAAUAUGAGAAGCUGUGUAGAGGAGAAGGACUCAAAAUGACUCCUCGGAGACAGAAGCAUUUGUUCUGCCGUUACUUCAAUGGUAACAGACAUCCAUUUUACACAAUUGGGCCAGUGAAACAAGAAGACGAAUGGGACCGUCCCCGAAUCAUCCGUUAUCAUGAGAUAAUAACAGAACAAGAAAUAGAGAAAAUCAAGGAGCUCUCCAAACCAAGGCUCAGGCGCGCCACCGUUCAUGACCCUCAAACUGGCAAACUCACCACCGCCCAGUACAGAGUCUCCAAGAGUGCGUGGUUGGCGGCCUAUGAGCAUCCGGUUGUGGAUCGCAUCAAUCAGCGCAUUGAAGACAUCACAGGCCUCAAUGUCAAAACCGCAGAAGAGUUACAGGUGGCGAAUUAUGGUGUUGGAGGACAAUAUGAGCCCCAUUUUGACUUUGGACGGAAAGAUGAACCAGAUGCCUUUAAAGAGCUGGGCACAGGGAAUCGCAUAGCAACCUGGCUCUUCUACAUGAGUGAUGUAGCAGCAGGGGGAGCCACUGUCUUUCCAGAAGUAGGAGCUGCAGUAAAGCCACUGAAGGGCACCGCAGUGUUCUGGUAUAAUCUGUUUCCCAGUGGAGAAGGAGAUUACAGCACGAGACACGCAGCCUGUCCAGUACUGGUGGGAAACAAGUGGGUGUCAAAUAAAUGGAUCCACGAGCGAGGUCAGGAAUUCAGGAGACCCUGCGGCCUGAAAGAGACCGACUGACCAACGCUGUCCACCAUUUUUCUCAUUCACUCCUUCAGACUCUGAAAACACUCCUGCUCUUCAUUUCCUCUGUCCACAGCAGCAACACUAAUUUUCAGUGAAGAGUGUGUAUGUGUGUGCGUUUUGUGACAUCAGGACACAAAAUUGCAUAAUGACAUGAGUAUGACACAGGUAUUAUACAGAGGAAGUGACUUAUGAGACCAUGUACCCGUUUUUCAAAAGGCUCAUAAAUCAUACAGAAAGAACCAGAAUUAUUUUUGUGGAAGUAAAACGUGCACGCUGUUUCCUGUGAGAGAGACUUGGGCUGGGGUAGGGUGAUAGAUAUAGGUUGAAGAGUAUAAAAACAGUGGAAAGCUAUGAAAUGUCCCCACAAUUCACAAAAGCAAGCAAGUUUGUGUGUACUUGUAUAUAUGGUUUACGAGCAGGGUGGAAAUUACAGGAGUGUUUGGGGGGGAUUAACCCCUCCAGUUAACACGUGUAGAAUGUCAAAACAAGAUGUAUGGGGGUUCAGCCCUUUUAUAAUCUGAUCGGUAUCUUAAAUAAUUUUAAUAAUUAAAAUUAUAUAUAUAUUUAUACAACAGUUCUGUCUGGUUCUCAAAUAUGAUUGGCUGAUAUUCU